AUGGAUCAUCCGGAUGUUAGUCCAUGGGACAACUCUGACCUCUCCUGUGGAGUGUUGGUGGAUGGAUUUAUGGUGAGCGGCAGUUGUUGGGGAAAGGCGCAUCCUUAUGUCUGCUAUAAACGUGAUAACGGUGGUCCGGAAUUAACAUCAUGUGGAACCUUUGAUAAAGAUUACGUAUUAGAUUGGAGAACGGGUAGCUGUUAUAAGUUCCAUGUUGAAGCAAAGUCGUGGUGGGAAGCGUACAAUACUUGCUUUGCAGAGCAAGCGUACUUAGCAAUAAUUAAUAAUAAAGCUGAGGUACAAGUGCUAAAAGAAAUUUUUGCAAGUCAUAGUCGUUACACUAUUGAAUCUGAAAAUCCAGAUGUCAUGAGUGUCGGUAUUUUUGACUGGGAACGUAACAGACAGUGGUAUACGAUUCAUGGUGAAAGUUUAAAAGAUUCUGGAUACGCUUCAUGGCACAAAGGAGCGCUCAACAAUACGUAUACGGUUAGACGAAAAAAUUGUGGCAACGUAAACCGUGAGGGCUAUUUAAAUGAUGAUUUUUGUAGUGAAGAGCGUGCUUUUAUCUGUGAAAAAGAUGCAAGAUUUAUGCAAACAAAUGCUUCUAAAGAAUUGAGCAUUGAAGUGAUGUCGUGUAUAAGUGCAUGUGUAAAUCAAGGUCCAGUUGGUUCCACCUUCGCCAAUCUAGUUACUCAUUUGCUUACUGCUCAGUGUCUCAUCACAGAACCUUGGCCACAGGACCACAGUCAUCUCGUUAAAGAUGGCGAAAAUUUUGAUUUUAUUAUUGUUGGUUCUGGAACUGCAGGAUCAAUUUUGGCUAAUCGUUUAACAGAACUCGAGAAAUGGAAAAUUCUUUUAGUAGAAGCCGGCGGCGAUCCUCCCAUUGAGAGCAUUAUUCCAAAUUUUUCUGGAGCAUUACAUAAGAGUGAACAAGUAUGGCAGUAUUACACCGAGAAAGACGAAACGACGAAUAGGGGUUGUGUUGGUGGAAAAUCAUUUUGGCCUAGAGGGAGAAUGUUAGGUGGUACUGGCUCCAUAAACGGUCUUCUUCAUAUGAAAGGAAGCCCUGGAGACUACGAACCUUGGAACUUUGAAAAUGACAACGGAUGGGAUUGGUCCAAUAUUAAAAAGUAUUUUAUGAAGAGUGAGAAAAUAAUUGAUCCUUAUAUUUUAAAUAACACAAAUUUAAAAUUCAAUUAUGGUACUGAUGGUAAAUUUAUUAUAGAUCGAUUAAAUUUUACUCAUCUUACCGUAGUUGACAGUAUUACUAAGGCUUAUAUUGAGAUGGGGUUAUCAUAUUUAGAUGACUUAAAUGGUCAUACGCAGAUGGGAGUUGGAAGACUACGAGGUGGAAAUUAUAAUGGACGACGGGUAAGCACUGCGACUGCUUUUUUAAAUACUGCCAGAGAUCGUAGAAAUUUAUACCUUCUCAAAAAUACGUUUGCUGAUAGGAUUGUUUUCAACGAUUUAAAAGCCAUUGGAAUAAAUGUUACAUUGUCAAAUGGUAAAACUGCAACAUAUUAUGCAUCCAAAGAAGUGAUUUUAAGUGCUGGAUCUGUUAAUACCCCUGUGCUACUGAUGGUCUCAGGAAUAGGACCACAGACCCAUUUGGAAGAAUUUGACAUAGAUGUAAAAGUAAACUUACCAGUCGGCUACAAUUUACAAGACCAUGUAAGAAUUCCUAUUCCAAUUACUUUAAAUACAGGCGCAGUGCCAAAAUCUGUAGAUUAUUGGUAUAAAGCAGCAGCACGGUAUUUGCUCGAUCAAAAUGGACCUUAUGCUACAAAUUAUGAUCAACCUAAUAUAAACGCUUUUAUAUCAGUACCUGAUGGGAAAAAAAUACCUGAUGUACAAAUAGAUCACAACUAUUUUGUACCAAAUACAUCCUAUGUUUAUUCUAUGUGUAGAGAUAUAAUGUCAUUUACGAAAGAUAUUUGUAAGCAAUUUUCAAAGAUGAAUGAAAAUAGGGAAAUGAUAAUAUUUUUUGUGUCAUUAUGCAGACCAGUUUCGAGAGGGCAAAUACUGCUCCGUUCUAAUAAUCCGAAAGAUUAUCCAAAAAUAUAUUCCAAAUACUUCAAUGAUGAUCAAGACAUGGUUACUUUUGUCAAAAAUGUGAAGCGUGUAACUGAAAUUGUUGACACUGAAACUAUGAAAGGACUUCAAGCAAAACUAGAAAGGAUACAAUUUAAAGACUGCGAUGGCUUUGAAUUUGGAAGUGAUAAAUAUUGGGAAUGUAUGGCUAGAACUUUAACUUAUAAUGUUUAUCAUCCUAUUGGUACUGUUAAAAUGGGACGACCUGAUGACCCCACAAGUGUAUUAGAUAGCAAGUUGAAAGUAUUAGGAGUAAAGGGCUUGAGAGUAGUAGAUGCUAGUAUUAUGCCGACCAUAACGAGUGUUAAUACGAAUGCUCCGACAAUGAUGAUUGCUGAACGCGCCGCUGAUUUUAUAAAAUCGGAAUACAUCAAUAAUUAUAAGGAUGAACUA